AAAUGAGAUAGGUCCGAGCAUACCGCCUUCGCAGCGCGUUGCACAGAAUUGUUCUGUACCUGAAUACACUUUUUAUCCAUGCACCACACCAUAUGACUCUAUUUGGGAUUGGCCCAGAGACAAGACAAACUGUUUAUUGUUCAUUGACGCAACACAUGUACGUCCAUUCCAUUGCGCGUCAAUUCUUCCGCUGGAUGGGCACCCUUCAUCAUCGACAGUCUCUGUCAAAUUCCUUCACGCUCUCGAACAACCAUUCAUCGAGGAUACUGAGUUAUCUAUUCUGGCUCUCCUUCAGAGAAUAGAGUGUGACGAAAACUAGCGCCCUGUCACACCUUUACGUGGGUAUGGUAGUCGCCGUUUUGCUCGCAUCGUCCUCUUCAUCGUGUCGUAGAACCAAGUCAACUCAAAAGACAAUGCAAUAAGUAUAUGUGCUUCUAAAUACUAUGCACAUUGUCGGGCUGAGGUAGUACCAACCACUCUAUCCCGUGUUCUCAGUACCAUCAAAUUGGGCCACGAGUGGCUGGGUAAUUCAGCGUCAGGGAAAUGGAUUGAAAAUUGUCGUCCACAAGCACACAAAGGCCAGCGCGGGCGACGAUGACGACAUUACGGCACGGUGUUCACCACUUCGCAUUAAAAUCUAUUAAAAUUGAUCACGCACCUCUAUGCAUAUAGACUGUCGAUUAAAUAUCGACAGCUAUGUUCUUGUCGUUGUUAGAACUCAUAGGAAGCCGUCGUUCGGGUGUGCUCAACAC